CGUUUGCCGGCGAAGAGAGGAACGUGGUAAAGCCGCGUGAAACGGAAGAAAACAAUCCGACCAGACAUUGUUUGUGAGUCCCACCAAAGUCAAAGGCUUAUUUUAUAAAUUUUCACUUAAACUUACGAGCACAGGAUAUUAUAUAGUGUUAUUAUGUUAAAAUUUUAAACAGCUGAACAAAAUGACGCAGUAUCUUCCACCGAAUUUACUUGCUUUGUUUGCCGCUAGAGAUCCACUUAUCUAUCUUCCCCCUGCCGACAAACUUCCACACGAAAAGAAACGAGCUCCGUACUUGGGUGUUUCGUCAUUUUUAGAUGGUUUUGAGGACCCCAAAGACACCCCUCCACCAACUCGUGUUGAGACAAGGGAUGAGAGGAAAGAAAGAAAACGCAAAGAAAGACAGGAGCAGCAUGCUUACAAAUUGGAACAAGAUUUGGCCUUGUGGGACCCAUCCAGCAAUCCAAAUUCCACAAUGGAUCCUUUCAAAACACUUUUUGUGGCCAGAAUUAAUUUCGACACAAGUGAAUCUAAAUUACGUCGAGAGUUUGAAGUGUUCGGCCCCGUCAAAAAGAUCUGUUUGAUCAACGACAGAAACUCGGGCAAACCUCGAGGGUACGCCUUCAUCGAGUACGAGCAUGAGAGAGACAUGCACUCUGCCUACAAACAUGCCGAUGGUAAAAAAAUUGAUGGCAGGAGAGUGCUGGUGGAUGUGGAAAGAGGUCGCACAGUCAAGGGAUGGAGGCCCAGGAGGCUAGGUGGAGGUCUGGGAGGAACAAGGAAAGGAGGUCCAGAUGAAAACACAAGGUUCUCUGGAAGAGAUGAGUUCAGCACAGGUGCAGGAGGAGGAGGAGGAGGGAGUGAAAGAGGAGGCUUCCGUGGUGGUAUGGAGGAGGAACCACCCAGAGGAGGUGGGGGUCGGCGUAUGGAGCGCUCAAGGAGUAGAGAGCGUCCUAGGCGGCGUAGCAGGAGUAAAGAGCGUCCACCUCGUCGCAGCAGGAGCAGAGAAAGAAUCAGGCGAUCUCGGAGCAGGGAAAGGAAGAGGAGCAGAGAACCUCGUCCAGAAAGGCCUGAUGCUGAAAUUGGCCCUGAAGAUGAAGACAGUAAUCUUAGCCGAGGCAGAGACAAGAAACGCAGCCGUCGCAGCAGAUCUAGGGAAAGAGGAGAGCGUGACAGGGAUCGCCGCAGGAGCAGGUCCCGCGACCGCAAGCGCAGCAAGCGCUCUCGCUCCAAAGAGCGCAAAUUCAAGAUCAAGGAGGAAGAGCAACAAGGCCAGUGGGUUGGUGGGGAGGAAGACGCCAACCUCAAUGGCAACCAGGACUACAACAACGACCAGGGCUUUGGCGACAGCAUCCGGGUCAAGGAAGAAAAGGCUGAUGCCUACGCUGGGUAUGGUGGAGGAGUUAAUGUUGAUAGACUCCAGGGCCACCUUGACGGGGAGGGCUAUGAGGAAGGGGAAGAGGGGGAAGCAGAAUAAACCCUGGUUUCAUUUGGAUUCCACAACUACAAGACUCUUUUUUUAUACCUGGAAAUGCUGGCUUUUUUUUGUUGUUUUUUAUCCAAUGAUGGGCAUUUAUGAAAUUCUGCCAAAUUUACAUUUCAACUGUAAGUUGUGGUUUGGUUUUUUUUAAAUUUGUUCUUCAGAUUUGACUUAAGUACAAGGUAACAAAACUGUAUAAGACUGUCUUGGGUUCUGUGAAAUAUGUAAAGCAGAGAGAGAUGGAAGCUGGCUCAUCCUGCAACUGAAGCACUGGCCUUUUGUUUUUAUUCCUGGAUGUUCACUAUGUGACACACUGGUUUUAAGUUGUUGAUGUUACGUUUUAGUCUAGCCUGUGUCCUGACACAUUGUUCAUGUGAUGGUUUAGUCUAGUGGUCUGUGUCCCGACACAAUAAAACUAUGACAUGACAA